AUGUUGAAAAGUAAAAGAGGCGGUGUUGCCGAAGGAAAUGCGCAUUUAGCACCUCAGAGCCACCACAAAUUCGAUUUCCGGAAGUACAUCAAACGAUCACUCGAAGAAGAUUUCAAAGUGGUCGUAGGGAUCAGUCCCCCAAUAUGGUUUCUCGCUGUGCUGUUCCUACUCUUCAAUACUCAUGGCUGGUACUCUUAUCUCUGGCUACCAUUCAUCCCCUUGAUUGUCAUAUUAUUAGUAGGGACCAAGCUACAAGUGAUUAUAACAAAGAUGGGAUUAAGGAUUCAUGAAAGAGGAGAAGUAGUGAAAGGAGUCCCUGUCGUUCAGCCUGGGGAUCACCUUUUUUGGUUCAACCGUCCUCGUCUCAUUCUUUAUCUCAUUAAUUUUGUCCUCUUUCAGAAUGCUUUUCAAUUGGCCUUCUUUGCUUGGACUUGGUAUGAGUUCGGGCUGAAAUCUUGUUAUCACGACCAUACUGAGGAUAUCGUCAUCAGAAUAUCUAUGGGGGUUCUCAUUCAGAUUCUCUGCAGUUAUGUCACCCUUCCUCUUUAUGCUCUCGUGACACAGAUGGGUUCAAACAUGAAACCAACCAUAUUCAAUGAGAAAGUAGCAACAGCAUUGAAGAACUGGCACCACACAGCAAAGAAACACAUUAAGGAUCAAAGCAAGCAUUCAAAUACAGUGACACCAAUGUCAAGCAGGCCAGGAACACCCUCUCAUGGCAUGUCACCCGUCCAUUUGUUGCGCAGUCAUUACAGGAGCGAUGUGGGCAGCCUACAGAACUCGCCUCAUAGAUCAAACUAUGAUCAUGCUGAUCACUGGGACAAUGAGGGCGGCUCCCCUUCACCCUCCCGGUUUUACCAGGAGGGUGAUGGCUCAUCAUCGUCCUACAUGCACCAGAUUCAACUUGGUCACUUGGAACAUGACUCGCCAGAAGUUAUUGGGCCUAGUUCGUCACAAGUGGUUCCCCUGCCACAAGAGGAUCGCGACCAACAUGAGAUCACCAUUGCUGGAUCAAGAGAAUUUUCGUUUGAGAAAAGAACGACAAGUUUAUAGAAUUAACAAAAUCUUGCACAGGGACUAAGUGAAGGAAUUUUUCCUAGCGCAUUGCAAAAAGAAGUCUGUUUAGACUGGCACAAAAAUCAGAAAGAUGGGGUAGAUAACAUACGCACUCGCGAUAUUUUUUAUUAAUUUAUUACUUGAUUUCAGAAAUGAAGAUUGUAAAUUAGAUCCUGAUUGCAGUAUUGCACUGUGUAAAUCUCUGUAAUUAAGAGAUCGAGAAUUUGAUCGGAGUUCUUCUACUAAAUACAAGUAAAACAUUUGAUCUU